UCACAGAGAGUCAAAACACGUGUGUCUGGUGUUUUGAGUUUAAUUGUUUCGUCAAAAACGCUUGCAAUUUACGUUUUACAGAAAUUCAGACACGCUAAAUUUCUGAGCACGCACAUCCGGUAAAAAGACAGAAAAAUGAAAAACGGGGAUGAAGUUAAAACUGAAAAUGCGAAUAGUGACGCUACCGAGGAGGUUAAAAGCGAGAAGCCGGUUUCUAACGUUGAAGAAAAUUCUACGAAAGAAACAACACCGGAAGAGCCAUCCAGUCAGCUCUUAGAGAAAAUAAAGAAUCAAGUCGAGUUUUACUUUGGAGAUGUAAAUAUGCAAAGAGACAAGUUCCUCAUUGAACAAACAAAGUUGGACAAAGGAUGGGUACCGAUGUCCAUUAUGUUAAAAUUUAAAAUGUUGGCUUCUUUGAGUAAAGAUGCCGAUGUUAUAUUAAAAGCCUUGGAAUCAAGUGAUCUUAUAGAAAUAUCGGAGGACAAGAAAAAGAUUCGUCGUUCUUUGGAACAUCCUUUGCCAGUGUACAGUAAAACAUAUAGGAAGGCACAAGAAGCCAGAACAGCAUACGUAAAAGGAUUUCCAUUGCACGAUACGACUAUAGAUAAGCUGAAAACUUUUUUUAAUGACUUUGAGCCCUAUGAAAGUAUUAUCUUCAGAAAGUAUCACGAUAAAGAAAAAAAAUUGCACUUCAAGGGAUCCAUUUUCAUACAGUUUAAGACUCUGGAAGACGCGAAAGCUUUUAUGUCUAGAGGAACUGUGAUGUAUGAAAAUAUUGAAUUAAUUAAAAAGUGGUCUAACGACUAUAGAAUGGAAAAAAUGAAGGAGAAACAAACUCGUAGACAACAGAAAUACGAAAUGAAAGCAAAGAAAAACGAAAACACGAAGGGAAAGGAGGAUGAAGAGAGUGGAGAAGACGAGCACGAAAAGGACACUACACUACCUAAAGGUUGUGUAAUUCAUUUUUCCAAUGCAUCCCAGAAGUGUUCAAGGGAGGAUAUCAAAAACCAUCUAGGUGGAUUAGAAGCUAGUAUUGCAUUUGUUGAUUUUAAGAUCGGCGAUUCGGAGGGGUGGGUGCGCCUUGAAGGGGAAAAUUCUGCAAAGUCUGUGGUCGAUAAAAUGAAGGACGGCAAAUUAACAAUCUGCGACAAGGAAGUUAAUUUCCGCGUACUUGAAGGCGAAGAAGAAGAGACGUACCUCGCGAAAGCGAAAGAGAAAAUGGACAUUUCGAGGCAAAAAUUCACUAAAGGAAAACGUGCAAACAAAAAGGGCCGCAAUGGACAACGGGCUCAACGAAAAAGACGCAACAGCGAGAACAACGAUGCGCUUCCUAACAAAAAGACGCACAUCGACGAAUGAUUCGAGACGUGUAUUUAAUUUUUAAAAGCCAAAAAAAAAAAAAUUCCAUAUUUACUCUUUUAUGUAUGUUAAUCAUAUUUUUAUUAAGCGG